CUAGAGCGUUGCUAUGCGCAAGUGAAGCGUAUGUGGAGUAGUUGCAGCAGUUUAAUUUCUUGUAAAGUGUUAAUCCCUCCGUUCAACAAGAUUAUGGCCCCAAAAAUGUGCACUAAAUAAACACGCAAUUUUAAUUAAGUUAAAGAGAGGGUGAUUUUAAAAAAAUUCCAUUAUGAGCAGCCCAGAGGAGGAUUUGAACAGUGAAGUUACAUCUAGAAUAAAUUCGCCAGGAGCAGAAACACAAUACAGUGACACCGGAACAAGUUCGGGAGGCCCUGAGACACCUAGCACCCCGAGUGAAAGUGCCCAGGUCAGGCGGAAGCAGAGAAAUGCCUUGAAGGAAGUGGCCAUCAUGAUCUUGCCAGAGGAAAAGCUGGCACAGGCUGAACAGAGGGCACGGAUGCACACUGCCAAUGGGGAGGAGGUGCUUGCAGUGCAAGAAUUGAUGCGAUGUGUGGCUCUGGCAAGGAUCAGUUUUGGGGACUUCCACUGGCGGAUGGCACAGGCCCAUAUCAGCCUAGCAGAAGGCUACCUGGAGCUUAAAGGUCAGGCUCUGCAAGCUAAGCAGCACUGUGUAAAGGCCAAAGACAUCAUGUACGCCAACACUCAGCUUCCGGCAUCUGAGGAGGAGAGAAGGGAGAUCCUGCACUGUUUGAUCACCAUGUUCCUCACGCUGGGUAAAGCCCAGCUGCGACUUGAGUAUUUAAAAGAGGCCGAACAGAGUUUGCUGAAGUCGGAGAAGGUGGCGGAUGAGCUUCGCCAAGCAGAGGAGGUGACACAGGAAGAGAUGAGACAAGUGGACAUCAAAAUUAAUUUGGCCUUGGGAAGGCUCCUCUUGAAGGAGAGCAGGUGGGACAAGGCUGUGGCAUCUUACCAGAAAGCACUUCAACUGGUGCAACUUGACAAGGGUGAAAAGAGCAUGGCAUGUGUCCCCAUCUAUCAGGACUUGGCAGCUGCAGAGUUGGCCAGAGGCAGUCAUGACUUGAGGGUGGAGUACCUCCUGCAGGCUCAUUCCAUUGUGCUGACUAAUGCUCCUUCUGGAGUGGAAGAGGGGAAAAUAAAUCUUGCUCUAGCAGAAGCCUACACUUCGACUGGAAGAGCCGAAGAUCACGAUAUAGCAGAGCAGUACUACCAACAGAGCCUGCAGUGUUAUCAGGCACACAUGGGACCGGAACACCCUUUGUCACUCUCUGUCCUGGACAGUUACGGUCGCUUUCUGAUACUGAUCAAAAACUAUGUGGGUGCUUCGAAGUUGCUUCAGGAAUCCCUUCCAGCCAAGCUCUCUACCUUCGGAAAUUUCAGCACAGAGGUGGAGGAGACGUAUUGCCUGUUUGGAGGAAUUGAGUUAGCGCAGGGACACCAAAAAGCAGCCUUCAAAAAGUUCAAGAAAUGCCUGGAAAUUCAGACCUUUCUGUAUGGUUCACAGCACAAAAAGACCAGAGCGACUCAGCAAACAGUCCAACUCCUUGCCAAGUCUCCAGAACUGACAUUGGCUGAAGGACAGACCAGAGCAAAUCACACAAAGCAGAGAUCUCCUUUUUGUGCUGGGAAACCAAAGCAUGGUUUAUCAGGAGGUAGCAAAAGAAAUGUCUAUCCCUGACUGAUGCAUUACACUCUCUUCACCCAGUGUAUUGGCCAGAUCUAAGGCUCUGCACCUCAAUUUCUCAAUGCAAACACCAUGUAUUGGUACUUGAACAAAUCAUGCAAGUCUUCCUCGGAUAAUUUAUGCACCGUUGGUUCAUCACUUUGACUGCGUGUUCAUUAGAAUGUGGAACUUGAAAUAGUACAGCCCUUAGACCCACUGUACUGUGCUGAUCUUUUAAUCUGUACCAAGAUCAAUCUAAACCUUUUCCUCCAUUUUUCCUUCAUUCAUGUGCCUAUCUAAAAGUCUCUUAAAUAUCCCUAAUGUAUGUAUCUGCCUCUAUCACCACCCCAGCAGGGCAUUCCAAGAACCACCACUCUUUGUAAGAAUAAAACCAAUACAGAGUUAGUCCUCGAACCAUCUGUAAUAGGAAAAUACUAUUUUUAUAUACUCUGUUACCUGUUAUCUUGUGCAUGUUUUAAAUUUUACUAUCUUAAUCUUACAAUUUUAAGGCUUUUUAGUGUUUCUUUUUUAUUGUAUGUUUGAGCUCAGCAUAAAACUGGAAGAUUUGCACUGAAAUAAAUUAUAAACUGGGAUCUGACAAGAUUCAUGUCAGGUGUAUAUACUCAGUAUUAUACAGUGCAAAAACAGGCUCUUCGGCCUGUGAACUCUUGAUGACUGAGACUGUGAGGUACCUAAUUAUACCAAUCUUAUACUACUCUAAUUCAACACUUGCAUUCAAGUAGGGUUGAGCUGUACUGUACCAGACCAGCUCAGUACAUAUCCAGAUCAGGAAGUUCUUUGCCACUGACAAACUCUGUACAGUGUGACGAGAUUUUUGUUCCUCUUUACUGCAAGUGCCUCCAGGUUGGGUGAGUAUCAAGCAUCAAGCUUGGAACAGAUUAUAAUUAUAUAUGCAAGUAGAAUUCUGACAAGAAGCACAUUUCAUAUAAUCAGAUUCUGUUAUUUUAUACAGGAGGUCCCAAGAUGGAUUUCAGAUACAUAGAUUCUAGUAAACUGUAGGGACUAUGGCAAUGAUUAAGUGUUAUCAGACCAUUAUCAACUGUUCUGUUUGUACACAUUACUGAUGUUAUAUCGUCCUGUUUUUCAUUUCAAAAUGUGAUCCUGAAGAAUACUCACAACCUGGUGAAUUAAUCUUCUGUUUUUAACGUUCUGUCAAUCCAUGUCUGUUCACUAGCUUAACUUUUCACCUGGGUGUAGUUGGGAAUUGUUUAGAAUUCUAAACCUCUUGCCAAGUUUGAUAUUAAUUUGACCACUUUUAUAUUUGUAUUGUCCAGUUUAAUAAAGUAUAAGUUACGAAUAUUGUA